AUGUCGACUGCGCCAGAUAAAGCUGCGCAGUCGGCCAUCCCAACACCUGAGGUGGCCCCUCAGCCCUCCUCCACCUCCGCAGUCCAGUCUGCUUCCUCGGCAGUCAUCGCAGGCACAGAUCAUGAAUCACAUAGCGAGUCUUCUAGAAGUGCAGCUCCUUCCAGCGAGCAGACGCCACCGCUAUCCGUUGCUGGGGAAGAGAAGCCAGGUUACGAAUACAAUCCAGGCGUCCGUAGCUUCAUUGGAGGCAAACACAAGGAAAAGUGGUAUCAGAUCUGGCGACCCAAGAAUCCACCUUCGCCUCCACCAAACAGCCUCGACGACGCCCGUCUCAUCCCUCUAGCCAAUGCCAGCAUCAUCAACCGCAUCUUCUUCCAAUGGAUGACCCCCAUCAUGGUCCUCGGAUACCAGCGUCCUCUCGAAGCUACAGAUCUUUGGCAGCUCUCCGAGGAUCUCAGCGCAAAGCAGCUCGGUGGCCAGCUCAACCGCGAUUGGGAUCGUCGUGUUCGCGAGGCCAAGGAAUACAAUGCCAAGCUCGUCUCUGGUGAGAUUAAGCCAGGCUGGCGACGUCGCACAUCCUGGGCACUCCGCUCCACUCUCAAACCUAAGGCCGGAAACACCAAGCAGCGCGAGGCCCGAUGGCGAGCACCACCCAAACCAACACCCAGCAACGCUGCUCCCGCGGGUCCCGGCAAGCCAGCCAAGACUGUCAAGGAUCCCUCAGGACACAAGAAGCCUUCGCUUGUCUGGGCCAUGCACGACCAGCUUGGUUGGAAGUUGUGGUCUGGUCUCAUCUUCAAGAUUGUUGGUGACGCUUCGCUCAUCACUUCGCCUCUCGUCCUCAAAGCUAUCAUCAAGUAUGCUCAGGAGCACUACGCCGCUAAUGCUAGGGGCGUCCCAGGUCCCUCAGUCGGUGAAGGUGUUGGCCUUUCCUUCGCUCUCUUCUUCAUGCAGAUCAUUUCGUCACUCGGUACCCAUCAAUUCUUCUGGCGCUCCAUGUCAUGUGGUGUUGAGUCGCGUGCGGCUCUCAUCACUGCCAUCUUCGACCGUGCCAUGAAGAUGAACGGCAAGGCUCGAUCCAGUGGCAAGCUCAUCAACCACAUCUCCACCGACUGCAGUCGUAUCGACUUUGCCUCGGCAUGGUUCUCCGUCGUCUUUGCUGCUCCUGUUCAAAUGGUCAUCUGCAUCAUCAUCCUUCUCACUCAGCUCGGUCCUUCAGCGCUUGCUGGUUUCGCCAUCUUUGCCCUUGCUACACCACUUCAAUUGCAGGCGAUGAAGGCCCUCUUCAAGAUCCGACGAGCUUCGAUGAAGUGGACCGAUGCCCGUGCCAAGACCAUCCAGGAGGUGCUUGGAGGCAUGCGAAUCGUCAAGUCGUUUUCUCACGAGUCCAAGUUCCUCGACCGAAUCUACGACAUUCGUAAGAACGAGCUCAACGGUAUCCGCAAGAUUCUCAUCAUUCGUUCUGCCAACAACGCCAUCGCCUUCAGUCUGCCCAUUCUUGCAGCUGUGCUCGCCUUCAUCGUCUACAGCUUGACUGGACACGACCUGAACCCUGCCAUUGUCUUCCCCUCGCUAACGCUCUUCCAGCUUCUGCGUAUGCCGCUCAUGUUCUUGCCCCUUUCGCUUUCCGCCACCACGGAUGCCAGGAACGCCUUCGACCGUCUCUACACUGUCUUCACUGCCGAACAGCUCGAGGACAGCGUGGAGCACGAUGAGGAGAGCAAGUUUGCUCUUGUUGUGCGUGACGGAUCGUUCCGAUGGGAGACUGCUGAAGCCGAGGAGGCUCUUCAGUCUAAGACCAAGCCCAAGGGCGGCGCUAAAGGUGCCGCCGGUGCCAAGUCGACAUCCGGGCAAGGCAGAUUUGGCAAGACCAAGAACUUCAUGAAGAAGUCAGCGACUCCACCUGCUGCGAACGAAUCGGGUCUUCCCGCCCCCGUCACGGCUAAGAAGCCCGACACCGACAACGGACGACGCCUGCAACAAAUCCAGGCCGAACAGAACGACUCCGCUGUCGAAGAUGACACUGAGGCAGUCCUCACUGAAGCUCAGCUUGAGCCAAAUAUCGGCGAGGCAACGUCGUCCGAGAAGGUCGAGAUCGAGGAGCAAGUGCCUUUCUCCAUGAACCACGUUAACAUGACCAUCCCCAAGGGCGAGCUCGUCGCCAUCGUUGGUCCUGUCGGUUCCGGCAAGUCAUCCUUCCUUCAGGCCUGUAUCGGUGAGAUGCGACAGACUGGCGGUUCAGUCCAAUGGGGUAGCGAGCGAGUUGCCUACUGCUCGCAGAGUGCCUGGAUCCAGAACGCCACCGUGCGCAACAACAUCCUCUUCGGCCAGCCUUUCGAUGAGGAGCGCUAUUGGCACGCGGUCAAGGUGUCCGAGCUCGAGACUGAUUUGGCUAUCUUGCCAGCAGGCGAUCUUACCGAGAUUGGCGAGAAAGGUGUCAACCUUAGUGGUGGUCAGAAGCAGCGUGUCAACAUCGCUCGUGCUCUCUACUACAAUGCAGACAUUGUCUGCCUCGAUGAUCCGCUUUCGGCUGUCGACGCUCACGUCGGCAAGGCUCUCUUCUACAACGCCAUAAUGGGUCUGCGCGCCAAGGGUACCACUGUUCUUCUCGUUACACAUGCUCUUCAUUUCUUGCCAGAUGUCGACCGCAUCAUCACCCUUGAAGAUGGUCACAUUGCCGAGAUGGGUACCUACGACGAGCUCAAUCACGCCAACGGACCUUUCCAGCACCUGGUACUCGAGUUCGGUGGUGAGAAGGAACAAGACGAAGAGGAGAAGAAGGAAGACGAAGACGAGGCCAUCGAGGAAGCUGAUGGCAAGAAGGGGAAGAAGGUGGACCGCAGUCACUUGACUGGCGGCAAGGGUGGCGACAAGGCCGGUACUCUCAUGCAAGCUGAGGAGCGCAACACCGGUUCUGUCUCCCUUCGUGUCUAUCUCUCGUAUCUCAAGUUCGGUCGUGGCUCUUACAUGGUUCCCAUCUGUUUGGUCAGCUUGGUCCUCAUGCAGGUGGCCAACAUCUUCAACUCGUACUGGCUCAUUUGGUGGCAGAAGGACCACUUCAACCAGCCCAUCGGCUUCUACAUGGGUAUCUACGCAAUGCUCGGUAUCGUCAUGACCAUCUUCACCUUCAUCAUGGGUUGUGCUAUGGGUUUCCUCAGUUAUUACGCCUGCAAGCGUGUCCAUCACGAGGCUAUUCAGCGUGUCGUCUACGCACCCAUGGCUUGGCUCGACGUGACACCUAUCGGACGUAUCAUGAACCGAUUCUCAAAGGACGUUGAUGUUGUUGACAAUCAGCUCGCUGAUGCUGUUCGUAUGGCUGCCAAUACCAUUGCAUCCGUUGCAGGUGCUGUGAUCUUGAUCACCAUUCUCACGCACUACUUCGUGAUUGCCGUUGCUGUCAUUCUGAUAUUUUACUUCUACGGUGCUCUCUUCUACCGCUCUUCGGCGCGAGAGGUCAAGCGACUCGACGCUAUCCUGCGAUCCAGUCUCUACUCGCACUUCUCCGAGACUCUUUCGGGCCUUGCUACUAUUCGCGCAUACCGCGAGACCGAGACUUUCAUCAAGGAGAACCAGAAGCGAAUGGAUGUCGAGAACCGUGCUUACUACCUCAGUAUCACCAACCAGCGAUGGCUCGGUGUUCGACUCGACCUGCUCGGUGCGCUCCUUGUGCUCAUUGUCGCUUUGCUCACCACUGCCAGCUCUACACCCAUCACCGGCGGUAACGCUGGUAUCGCGCUCACGUACAUGCUUACUGUCUCCCAGGCCUUCUCCUGGAUGACGCGUCAGAUCGCUGAAGUCGAGAACGACUCGGCUUCCGUCGAGAGAUUGCUGUACUACGCAGAAGAGCUGGAGCAGGAGAAAGCUCAGACUCGUCCUGACAACCCAACGCGUGAGUCGUGGCCUGAAGAGGGUCGCAUCUCGUUUAAGGAUAUCUGGCUCAGCUAUCGACCUGGACUUCCUUCUGUGCUCAAGGGCAUUUCGCUCAAAGUCGGCAGUGGUGAGAAGGUUGGUAUUGUUGGACGUACUGGUGCGGGUAAGAGUUCCUUACUCACCGCAUUGCUACGAUUGGUUGAGCUCAGCAAGGGCUCGAUCGAGAUCGAUGGCAUUGAUGUCGGUCAGAUCGGUCUUGAGGAUUUGAGACGCAAACUUGCCAUCUUACCUCAAGAACCUUUGCUGUUCAGUGGCACACUUCGCUCGAACCUUGACCCAUUCGGAAUCUACGAUGAUGCUCGACUCAACGACGCGCUCAAACGAGCCUAUCUCAUCGGCGAUGACACGCACACUCAUAGUGCAGCUACCCCUGUCAUCCCCGCACUUACAGGCGACCCUGACGCAUCAUCGCUCCACGACGCCGACUCCGAAAAGAAAGCCCUUGCUCUCUCGGGCGACUCAACCCCAACCCGCACCGUCUCACGCAUCAAUCUAGACACAGUCAUCGAGGAAGAAGGUGCAAACCUUUCCGUCGGUCAACGCUCGCUCGUUUCCCUAGCUCGAGCUCUCGUUAAGAACUCUAAGAUCAUUCUGCUCGAUGAAGCCACAGCAUCGGUUGAUCUUGAGACUGACGCAAAGAUUCAGCAGACAAUCAGAGAGGAGUUUUCCAAUCGAACAAUCCUGUGCAUUGCGCAUAGAUUGAGAACGAUUUUGUCAUACGAUCGGAUUGCGGUGUUCGAUAAGGGAGAGUUGGCGGAGUACGCUAGUCCACUGGAGUUGUUCGAUAGGGAGGAUGGGAUCUUUAGGAGUAUGUGUGUGAGAAGUAAUAUCACGCGGGAAGAGAUUUUGAGGAAUGCUAAGACCAGCGGUUUUGAGGCUUAG